AUGAAUUUCACACCAGGGGACAACAAUUUAACGAUGACUAUGAAUUACAGAGACGCGUUUGUUUUGGCUGUUGGCAAGAAUGUGACUGUUGUUGUCCUCGGCAUCACCAUCAACUACAUCAAUGCCAUACUGGUCCACACAUUCAACAAGCAUCAUAUCUUCAAGGCGAACCCUCGCUAUAUCCUUUUCAUCCACCUGGUGUUCAGCGACAUGAUCCAGCUGACAACCAGCAUUUCCCUCUUCAUCUUCAGUUAUGCCUUCCACACCAUCUAUGUCUCCCUCUGUUGUCUCUUAGUCUUGCCUGCCAUAUUCACCACACAAAACACCCCUCUGAACCUAGCUUUCAUGGCAGCAGAGUGCUACAUCGCAGUCUGCAUUCCCCUCCGCUACAACAACAUAUGUACGGUCAAAAGAACAUAUAUUGUAAUUGGCAUAAUCUGGACAAUGAGUUCACUUUCUGUCCUACCCGAUGUCUUCAUCCUUCUGGCCACUGAACCUCUGGAGUUCCUAAAUUCAAGAGUUUACUGUUUCAGGGAUUCAGUGUUUAGGAGCCCCUACAGUCUAAAGAAGAGGGAUGUAUCCCACAUAUUGUUUCUGGUUGUGGUUUGGCUCACUCUGUUUUACAGUUACUUCAGAAUUUUGUUUGUGGCCAAAGCUGCUAAUGCAGAUGCUAAAAAGGCCAGAAACACUAUCCUCCUUCAUGGCUUUCAGGUGCUGCUGUGUAUGAUGGUCUAUGUGCAACCUAUGUUAAUUCAAUUGUUCAUAUACUUGUUCCCAGGGAGUUUAGCAUCCAUAAACUUUGUUAUGUUUAUUAUAAACCAAAUCCUCCCUCGCUUUAUUAGUCCCAUUGUCUACGGGUUACGAGACAAGACUUUCAGGAAGUAUUUCAAAAGUUAUCUGUGUACAGUAAACAGACAUCCAAAGACAACACCAACAUAA